CUGCCCCGGAUCCUUAUCGUCCUCACUCCUGACCCGCGGAUCCUCGAUCAUGUGCCCAGGCGUUUCCACGCCAACGGGGUUUGCGCUGUGUCAUGGAAGGUUUCCCAUCGAGUUGGACGCUCUCGGGAUGGGGAUCUGCGAGAAAGCUGCUUCCCCCGCUCCGCUAGCAUCCUAAGGACUACCGCGCGCACCAGUCGGAGGAUGUCGGCCUCCCUAGGUCCUCGAUGGAUGCGUGUCCCGCCCGGCUUUUUGCUCGGGAUGGGGCUAGCGUGCCUCUGCGUGGGAGCUAUCGGAGCCCAGCAGCAUCCCGUGGUCACCACCAACUACGGCAAGCUGAGGGGCGUCAAAGUAACCUUACCGAAUGAGAUCCUAGGACCGGUGGAGCAGUAUCUGGGAAUCCCGUACGCGCUGGCCCCCACGGGGGAGCGCAGGUUCCAGCCCCCCGAGCCGCCCAUGUCCUGGCCGGGGAUAAGGAACGCUACCCACUUUGCCCCGGUGUGUCCCCAGUUCCUGGAGGACCGCUUUUUGCUCAACGACAUGCUCCCCGUGUGGUUCACCGCCAACCUGGAUACGGUGGUGACCUACGUGCAGGAGCAGAGCGAGGACUGCCUGUACCUGAACAUCUACGUCCCCACAGAGGACGGAUUCCAGCGGAACGUCAAAAUACCCAGAAAGGCGGGGUUCUGGUGCCUGAUAUACCCCGCGCUGGCUCCGGUUAGCUUACUAAGCUAG